AUGAGAGUCUUAACAGAAACAGAAAACAAAUACAAAUACAACGUGUGGGACAAGGCAGAAAUGCCCGAAGAGUACAUGGCACAGGCAAAGAUGAAAAUAGAAAGAGACAAUGCACAGGAAAAAAAGGAGUACGAAAUAUCCUAUGAGCCGUGGGAUGUGUUCUACAAAAGAUACAGCAGAACAUUCUUCAAAGAGAGGCAGUGGAUAAGCAAAGAGCACCCAGAGCUACUCGUUCAUUCGAAUAAAGUGCUGGAGAUAGGGUGCGGAACAGGGAGCACUCUGAUUCCUCUGAUAAAAGCCAGACUAGACAGAAUGAACGACUAUUUGCAGAAUAGCUCUAGUGCGAAUAAUAAUGAAGUAAAAAAUGGUGAUGGAGAUGAAAGUGCGGAAAUCAUAGAUAUCUCAGACAGCGACCUGCUAAAGUGCAAUAACGUAUACGGGAUGGACUACUCUCAGACAGCAGUUGGGCUACUGCAGUCUUGCAUUCCCAGACUUGCCUCUCACUUUGCGCCCGGGGAUGUUACGAAAGUAGGAGAAUAUUUUACAUUCGGUGGAAAAGUCUUGGACUCUGUGGAUAUCAUUCUCCUUAUCUAUACACUCUCAGCUGUGCAUCCAUCUGCAUACCCAUCUGUUUUUAGGCUGAUGCACAGGACAUUGGGGGCAGGAGGGAUAGUUAUAUUCAAAGACUACUAUGAAAUGGAUCUGACGCAGCUGCGGUUCAAAGAGAGCCAAGUGUUGGAUAAAAACCUGUACGUAAGAGGAGAUGACACGUACGUAUACUACUUCAGCAGGUGCGAGAUAGAGAAACAGAUCGAAGGCCUCUUUAGGAUAGUAAAGUACAAAGAAGACAGAAAGCUGGUGAUAAACAGGAAGACUCAAAAAGAGAUGUAUAGAUGCUUUAUAGAGAUAAAGCUAGAAAAGCUAUAG